GGAGAGACCCCACCGUACGUCUUUUGGACUCCUCCGCUACCAAACACGCCGACGUCCUUGGCUUUGGUCGGCGAUUUGGGCCAAACCGAAAAUAGUACCCGAACCAUGGGACAUAUUUGGCGUUCGACGCAUCAGAACUCUAGAUACUUGAGUGGAAAACUCCCACCCGUAUCACAGCUUUUGAUCGCCGGGGAUAUGUCGUAUGCCGACUCGGAUCCGUACCGAUGGACGUCUUGGAUGGAACUGAUGGAACCCUUGACACGUAGUCUUCCCUUACACGUCGCGGCUGGCAACCACGAAAUCGAAUGUAACACGGACUCAAACGAUAUCUUUAGCUGCUCAACUCCCAGUGCUUUCCAAGGCCAAUACAACUACGGGAACUCUUUCUAUUCGUACGAUCACGGGUCGGCCAAGAUUGUUGUCCUGAAUUCAUAUACCAAUGCAACCGAAGGUUCAGCGCAGUACGAAUGGACGCAAGCGGAGCUGAGGAGCACAAAUCGUACACGUACACCCUGGCUGAUUGUAUCGUUUCACUCUCCUCUGUACACGACUUUUUUGGGCCAUGUGAACGAAAUAGAAGCAGUCAACAUGAAACAGGCUAUGGAGCCCUUAUUCUGUCUUUACGGCGUCAAUCUAGUCAUUUCUGGUCAUGACCAUGCCUACAUGCGAACGCACUCGCUGUACGAAGACUCCGUCGACACCGAAGGCCGGUCUCCAAUAUAUCUUACCUUAGGAGCUGGCGGAAACCGGGAGCAGCAUUCCGCUGGCUAUCGACAAGAUGAGCCCGAAACUUGGGUGGCUCAUCGGACGUUGGAAGAUUUCGGGUAUGGGCAUCUGUUCCUAGCCAACGCGACUCACGCCCAAUUUCGUUGGAUUCGGGACGGCACGUCCUCUUUCGGUGUGAACGACCAGGUUUGGAUUAAGAAUGCCCACGUCCUUUCUUAG